GUUUGGAGGGCAAAGAAAUAUGGAUUUAUUUAACUAAAGAAUCGACAUCAACACAAGAGGAAACGCUGAUGUUUGCGCGCAUCGCGAACGCGCACCUGUUCCACGGUGUGGUCGAGUCUCUGACGCGCAGGGCUGCAGAAGCAAAGUUUGCUUACGUUCCUAAGGGAGCUUACUGGGCAAAUCCUAAAGUCAGGGAGUCUGCACGGUUGGGACAAGUGAAAGGUUGUGGGAAAUCCUGCUCUACCGGUAAGUCUUAAAGUUAUUACUCGUGAAUAAGCAGGAUUUGACACCUGAGGAUGGUACAGAACAUGGAGAUCAAUGUGUCCACCCUGACAGACUCGGAGCAAGAUCUGAUACUGGAUGUCCUACGGCGCGACGAGGAACUCAGACGCUUGGAGGAGCUCCGUGUGAAGAGGCUGAAAGCAGAAUUUUUAGGAAUCCGAAGAAAGGGUGCCAAGCGUAGCAGUGGGAAAUACAGUGAACACAGCUGCGGCCGCUGCCAGGAGUCCAUGAGCCUUCUGUCCCGCAACAGUAGCCAGUGCAGGGCAUGCAAACAUUACGUCUGCAAAAAAUGUCAAUCUGUUCGACCCAAUGGAUCAUGGGUGUGCACAGUGUGUUCUAAGGAGAUAGAUCUGAAGAUGAGCACUGGAGACUGGUUCUUUGAUGAGAGAGUUAACCGUUUCUCUGCAGCUCCUGGACAUGAUUUAGUCCGAGUUUCCCUCAGGAAGAGGCCUGGAAGUAACAAGCGUGAGACAGCUGGGGAAUUACUAUUAAGCAACAGUGACUUGAAUUCUUGCCAGCCUGUGCCUGUACCCAAACCUAGACUAAAAGACGUCGCGCUAUCAAUCAAGAGCUCGCCUCUUGAGCCUAACGAUGGACUUGAUGUUCAAGAGCAACAACGUAGUGAAACAGAAUCAGCAGAGAUAGCCAGUCUGGGCAGCAACCACACUGAGACUGAAUCAUCACACAAUACCCCCCAGAUGCAGAGAAAAGAGGAAGUGACAGCUAAGAUUAGUCCAGCAGGCUCCACUGUUUCCAGCCUGGCAGCCCCUGUUAACACUGACAUCCCUGCAACCCCCACCCCGACCAAUGAGAGGGCGUCUUUAAUUCAUCACAUCAACGCCUGCCCUGACUCUCUGCAAGAUGUGGAUGGGCUUUUUAAGAAAAGUGUCAGAAGAGUGCACAAACUAUCAGAAAUUAAACCAGCGUCCACCCUUGAUUUGCGUGAAGAUGGAACAAAUACCACUGCAUCCUCAAUGGGAGACAGGAGCAAGUCAGUUCCAGGUCUCAAUGCUGAUGAUGAGGAAGAGGAGGAAGAUAUUGAUAAUUUGGUGAAUAUACAUAGGCUGAAAUGCAGUGAUGGUCACGGAAGUCUGCGAAGCUCAACGAUGACUUUGGGCAGUACGAUGACUGUAUACAGUGAAGCAGGAGACUAUGACAGUGUGGACGUGAGUGGGGAUAUUAGCUUCUCUUUCUGCUAUAAUGAUUCCAGUCAGAGUCUGUCUAUUCUGGUUCAUGAAUGCAGAGGACUGGCUUAUGCUGAUGCAGCAAAAAAGAAAUGCAACCCGUAUGUGAAGUCUUACCUCCUCCCAGACAAGGGCAAGAAGAAAACCUCUAUCAAACAUAACACCAUCAACCCCAGUUUUAAGGAAACACUAAAGUAUUCUAUCACUCGCACCCAGCUGCUGACUCGCAGACUACAGCUAUCAGUUUGGCACUAUGACCGUUUUGGCCACAAUGUCUUCCUGGGUGAGGUGGAGGUGCCAAUGGACAACCAUGACAUUGAAUCAGGCCAUGAAGAAUGUAUGGCACUCAGAGGAAAGGCAUCCACAGCAGCAUCUCCCUUCGAUCAAUACAGAGGAGAACUGGCGGUUUCACUGAAGUAUAUCACAGCAAAUACGGCACAUGCAGAGAGUCCUAAGAGGAAAAGUAAAAAGAGCAAAGCGGAGGAGGAUUCUGAACUGCACGUGUUGAUCAAAGAGGCCAAAAAUCUGAGCGCCAUGAAAUCCGGACGCACGUGUGAUUCCUUCGUGAAAGGGUAUCUGCUGCCAUCCAAAAACAAAAAUCAUUCAAAGAGGAAGACUCAGAUAGUGAAGAAGACAUUAAACCCACAUUACGACCACACAUUUGUGUUUAAGGAUCUGAGCCUGGAACAGCUGAAGGACAUGUGUCUAGAGCUCACCGUCUGGGACAGAGAGGCUCUCUCCAGCAAUGACUUCCUGGGAGGAGUUCGUCUCAGCUUGGGAGCAGUGACUGUGAUGCAAGGAAAGUCAGAGUGGGUGGCAGACUCAACAGGGGAGGAGAUCUCGCUGUGGCAGAAGGUGAUGCAAUACCCAGACUCAUGGGCAGAGGGCACACUUCCACUGCGCUCAUCCAUGGGAAGGGGCAAGUAAG